GAAAAAGUCCUUUCAUCAGUUCAAAUGCUGCUUGUCUUGAGGACGGGCUCUGGCGGGCUCCGUCUCUGUAUAUUGAUGUUGCGCCGAUCUCGGCAAGUCCGUUCGUGUAACAACACCUUCCUAUUUCUGCCUCGGCAUUGUGCCUUCUUUGGGUUGUACAAGAUACUCAGAGACGUUCACUCCAUCGUCGAAGUUAGCUGUCAGCUGAAUAUUCGAAUGCUAUCACGUAUAGCGGAUAUACUCCGCUCAACAACGUAUCGGGCAGUGGGCACUGCACUAGUCUACAUGCUUGGUAGCGGCGAUUCUUGUAACCUUGGACGCUCUCUAAUAAUCACAUAAUACUCCCUGCUGCAAGAUGAACACAUCACAAAGAACAAGUCAGCAAGGGUCGGCCACUCGAGCCUGCCUACAUUGCAAGAAGCGGAAGAGGCGAUGUGACAAACAGCUCCCAACAUGUUCGAGCUGCAAGUGGUUGUUAGCCACUUGUCAGUAUGAAAUGCCUAUCUCUUCCGCCUCAGACUUCGUAACUCUGGGUAGCUCUCGGAGUGGCCCGUCAUCAUUGCCUUGGGUGUACGGCGAGCCUAAUCUGGUUGCGACUACAAUUCACGAUUAUGCGACAAAGCUAUUUGCAUCAGUACAGCGACUUGAUGCGAUCCUGUUUGAUUACUUCUCGCGUGUACACCAAUGGAUGCCGUUUAUCUCGCGACAGCGGUUCUACGGACGACUGUCAAGACUUUCACAUACACCUGAUCAUAGCUUUGUUCUCCUGAUAUGUUGCAUGCACUUGAUACUUUGUAUUCCCCCACAGGUGGAGAAGAGCCCAUCUCGGUCUGUCGAAUAUAUGGAGGUCAAACGCCUACUCGCGCUGGCUGAAUCUCAAGGACCACUGACGACUGAUCUCGUACAAUGCGACCUGAUAGUGGCGCUGUAUGAGAUGAACCACGGUGCAUUUGACGAAUCAUAUAUGUCGCUCGGGAAAUGCACUCGGGUUGGUAUUGUUCUCCGCUUGAACCAGUUGCAAGAACGGGAGCAUGCGUCGCAAGACAGCUUGUAUGUUAUGUCAGAAGAGAAAAGAAGGACUUGGUGGUCAGUCAUUAUCCUUGAAAGAGUUCUGCGACUGCAAAGACCAGAAUGGCCGACCGCUGUCAGGGAUCCAAACUCGAACGAUCUUUUACCAAUGGACGACGCCGAAUGGGAUCAACUUCGUCCUGAUGACUCCAGCGCAUCGACUCAACAUAUGUCGCAGAAUGGUUCUCUGGAAGAAUAUCCCAGGGCUAUGUUAUCACUUUCAACGCCUUCACAGGUUCGUGUAGGAUACUUUGCGCGUCUGGCGCAAGUCUCACACCUUCUCGGUCUGGUCUUGAGGAACAAGUUCGAUCCCACACCCGAUGAAGCUUUUAAUGCACAAGAGACUCAACAGUUACGACGAACCACAGCUGUUUUCGCGGAGCUUCUGCCAAAAGAAGCCACUGCUGCAGACUGCUCCCAUUGUUGUGGCCCCAUCGCAAUAUUGCAGAGUGCGCAGCUCAUCCUGGAGCAGGCCCACAUCAGGAAUGACCUCUUUUCUGACUUCAACCUUGCUACCAAGGUCCUCUGCGCCGAGGUCAUUCGGCUGGCUGAACAGCUGAACAUAGAACUCGCUGAGACGCAAGCCGAUCUUCUACGCCCUCUAGCCAUCUAUUCUGUCUACCAGGUUGCUCAGAUCUAUGUCCGACAGUAUCGAAGAGAUCCCAACCCCGACUAUGAAAAUGGUAUUCAUACUCUCUUAAAGACACUGGGCUUCUUUGAGCAACGGUGGAGAGUCGCAGGCCUGUACAAGGCCGAGAUCACGUCAGCAAUCGAUCUGCUCAACAUGACCGUGUGCAGUGAUACAAAUGAGGGCUGAGGCCCAUAGCAGCACUCCUGACCUACGCCACCAGUGCUGCGAAUCUCUUCCUUUGGAUCGUUGCCGUGUUGUUGCUGCGAGUGCUAUUAUUGGGGACUGACCAGCUUGAUCCAAUGGAAAACAAGAUGAAAGACAACGAGGAAUCCUGCAUCUGAGUAUGAUCGAAU